AUGCCAAACAUUCUCCAGAACGGCCAAUGGCUCAGGCCUGGCCAGAACAUCAAAAGUGAGGAUGACCGGAGCGGGCUCACGAUGCAGGAGGACGGCAAGAUCGACGUGUACCAUGACGGCAGAUGUGUUUGGCAAAACACUCGCGAACAGCGCUACGACAUUCAAGGUAUCCAUAUGCAAGAGGACGGAGACCUCGUCAUGUACACCAGCACAAGGGGAGAAGGGAGCGACGUUUACUGCAUCAUCCAGGAUGGUGGGAACCUCGUUCUCUACAACGAUGGAGACCGCCCCAUCUGGGCCUCGCACACCCAAAGGGUACUUUCCAUAUCCCAAAUGAUGAUGACGAAUAUUGAAACUCGCCAUUGUUAUGUGGGUCAUGGUCAUAAAAGAUCCGGACUAGUGUUUGGGCGUUCUUGA